ACAAAUCAAACCCGCCAAAUUUCGCCUCCUGUUUUGUAUCUCGAAAACUGAGCCUCUCAAUUUUAGACCAACAACUGAAGCAAAGCGGCCAUGGCGUCUCACUCCACGCUCUUUAUCUCUCCUCGAAACUUCUCCUCCACCUUCUCUUCUUUCUUUUAUUACUCCCCACAAUUCUUCACUCUCCAAACCAAAAAGCCAUCGUCACUUUCCUUAACGAACACCACAAUUAAGCCAAGACGACUCUUGGUCUCUGCUUCCCAUUCCCUUCAAGCUCUCAUUUUUGACUGCGAUGGUGUCAUUCUAGAAUCCGAACACCUGCACCGCCAAGCUUACAACGAUGCUUUCGCUCACUUCAAUGUCCGUUGUCCUCCCUCUUCACAGCCCCUUAACUGGGACCCUGAUUUCUAUGAUGUGCUCCAGAACCUGAUUGGUGGUGGCAAGCCCAAGAUGAGAUGGUACUUCAAGGAAAAUGGAUGGCCGUCUUCUACCAUUUCUGAAACGCCUCCUGAGAGUGAUGAGGAACGAGCAAAGUUAAUCGACACUCUUCAGGAUUGGAAGACUGAAAGGUACAAAGAAAUAAUCAAAUCUGGAACUGUGGAACCUAGACCUGGAGUUUUAAGAUUGAUGGAUGAGGCCAAGGCUGCUGGGAAAAUGCUAGCUGUUUGCUCUGCGGCAACUAAAAGUUCAGUUGUACUCUGUCUUGAGAACCUUAUUGGAAUGGAGCGAUUCAAGGGUCUUGAUUGCUUCCUUGCAGGUGAUGACGUGAAAGAAAAGAAGCCAGACCCAUCGAUAUAUCUGACAGCUGCCGAGAGAUUAGGUGUGUCAGAGAAAGAUUGCUUGGUGGUAGAGGAUAGUGUGAUUGGUCUUCAGGCUGCAACAAAAGCUGGGAUGUCAUGUGUGAUCACUUUCACUUCUUCAACUGCUGACCAGGAUUUUAAAGAUUCUAUAGCAAUUUACCCUGAUUUGAGUAAUGUGAGAUUGAGUGAGUUGGAGUUAUUGCUACAAAAGGUGGUUGCUGCUAAAUAAUCAAAGGAUUCAAAGUAAGAUCUAAAUAAUCAAAGGAUUCAAAGUAAGAUCUUCCAUUGAUCUUAUAGAAUUUUAUUUUUCCUGCAUCGGUUUAAACAACUGUUGUUCUAAUCAUAUAGUAAUUGUAAAUGUAUACGGAUUAUAACAUUUGAGGCAGUAAAUGUAUAAGAAUUAUGAAAUGAAUAUUUAAUGGUUGGGUCAAAUGAAA